ACUCUUACUGGUCACCGGCUGUUAGAUGACAUCAUGACUGGGCCUGCUACCAAUUGCAUACGGCUUCUCUUUCGCGCAGUAGUGUCUGGGAAAUUGAGUCCGUACUCUAAAUAAUUCAAGCCCUCGUUCCCUUCUCCUGCACAGCUAACAAGAUGCCGGCCGUACAUCACAAACUGCUCCUGGAGGACGCUUUACAGGACAGUCCUCAGACUCGCUCUUUGCUCAGUGUGUUUGAGGAAGAUGUGGGAAUGCUUACAGACUACACCAACCAGCUGCUACAAUCAAUGCAGCGGGUGUUCGGAGCACAGAGUGAGAUGGGACUGGCCACAGAGCAGCUCUCAAAGCAACUUUUGGAAUACGAGAAGAAAAAUUUUGCCCUUGGAAAAGGUGAUGAGGAGGUAAUCACCACGCUGCAAAACUUCGCCAAAACUGUAGUGGAGCUGAAUGCACUCCACUCCGAGCUAGCUAACCAGAUGGCUGACAGCAUGGUCUUCCCCUUGAUCCAGUUCCGAGAGAAAGACCUCACAGAGAUAAGCACACUGAAGGAAAUAUUUGCCAUUGGAACUGAUGAGCAUGAGGCAGCUAUGGUCAAGUACAGUCGAUUGCCCAAGAAGAAGGAAAAUGAGAAGUUGAAGGCAGACUUGGUGAAGGAGGUGGCUUACACCAGAAGAAAGCAGCACCAGGCCUCACUGCAGUAUUAUUGUGCCCUCAAUGCCCUGCAGUAUCGCAAGAGAGUAGCUAUGCUUGAACCAAUGCUAGGCUACACUCAGGCACAGAUCAGCUUCUUUAAGAAAGGCUUUGAGCUGGUGUCAAAGAAGAUGGACAGUUUUCUCGCUUCUGUUUCCAACAUGACACAAAGCAUCCAGGCCCAGCUGGACUCAGAGGCGGAGGCCAUGCGAGUGUCCCACAGGGAGCUUCUGUCUGUGGAAGACACUGUCUACAUGCCAGAUAAGGACACAGAGCCUGUCAAUCGCACGCUUAUCCAGAAGGCUGGCUACCUCAACAUUCGGAAUAAAACAGGCCUAGUGACCACAGCCUGGGAUCGUCUGUAUUUCUUCACCCAGGGAGGGAAUCUCAUGUGCCAGCCGCGGGGGGCUGUAGCAGGAGGCAUGGUGCUGGACCUGGAUAACAGCUCUGUCAUGGCGGUGGAUUGUGAGGACAGACGCUACUGUUUUCAGAUAACCUCCCCUUCAGGAAAAACGUCAAUGAUUCUACAAGCCGAGAGCAAAAAAGAGUAUGAAGAAUGGAUUUGCACUGUGAACAACAUCUCCAGACAGAUCUACCUGACUGACAACCCAGAGGCUGUGGCUAUCCGACUGAACCAAACCGCCAUCCAGGCAGUGACUCCCAUCACCAGCUUUGAGAAGAGACAAGACGGCUCACCCAACCCCGACAGAGCUAAGCCAGGAGGUGUUCAUACUACCAGCAGUGGUUCUCAGAAAACAGGAGUUGCCCCAGAACCAGAGGACCUAAUAGCCCCGGGGACGCCCAUUCAGUUUGACAUCAUGCUGCCUGCGUCCGAAUUUCAGGACCAGAACAGAACUGGGGGGAGACGCACAAACCCAUUUGGAGAAACAGAAGACGACUGUUCGACAGAGACUGAUGACUCCCUGCUUCAGCAGGUAUUCGCUGUGCGCUUCCUGGGCUCCAUGGCGGUUCGCUGCGGCGACAAUCAGGAAGUGAUCUACGAGGCCAUGAGGCAGGUGCUGGCUGCCCGAGCCAUUCACAACAUCUUCAGGACCACAGAGGCCCACCUCAUGGUCACCAGCAGUAGCCUCAGGUUGAUAGACCCACAGACUCAAGUUACAAGACUAAGUUUCCAGCUUGGAGAAGUGUGUCAGUUCGCAGCCCACCAGGAGAAUGGCAGGCUGAUGGGAUUUGUGGUUGAAGGCAGAGACUGGAGCGAUGGAGACGAGGAGGGAGAACCAUCGUUUAGCGCCUUCGUCUUUGAGAGCAACACGGAGGGCGAAAAGAUAUGUUACACCAUAAACCUGGCAAAGGAGAUUACAGAAGCUAAGAAGGACCCGGAAGCCCUGGCCCAGCUAAUGAAGAACAUGCCUCUGACCAAUGAUGGCAAGUUCUUGCUGCUUGAGCCUGAGACGGGUGACACGACCGAAGGAGCAGGACAAGAAGAUCUGGAGUCUGAGGCCUAGUUCCGGUUAGAUUAUUCUCCCACUUAACCACCCCCAAAAAAGAUGAGCCAACCAAAACCAGGGCCACAGCUCUGCUUUUGCCCCAGAGGUUUCAUUCUGACGCCCAGCCCUAACUUUGGUACUGUGACAUCAAUAUUAGAUAGGCCACAUCCACCGACCCUCAGUAACUACAUCUCUCUAUCUCUCUUUUGCUGUGCUAAAAUCUUAAGAUGUUGACAUGGGUUUGACCACACACACACACACACACACACACACACACACACACAUUAAAAAGACAAAUUGAAAAAAGAACUUAUUUUCGCCCGUGCUCAGACUGCAACAUGAGUCUUUGCAUUUGGAGUUUGUCGCACAUCAAAAGGGACAACACAUAGAUACUGGAUGCGUUUUUAUCGUCUCCUAAAAUCCCGAGCCGUUUAACAGAGUGGUGACUCAUUUUCUUUCAGUUUAGGUUUACAUUUAUUUUUAGGUUUACAUAGUUUGAAGUGGUUUUUUGUGUUUGGAGAAUUUAAUCCCUUUACCUUACUUUGCUUGUUAACACGUAUGUAAGGCUCUUACGCAAAUACUUUGGCAUUCAUUUCUUGAUUAUUUAUGAAAGAAAACGUUACUGCACUUUGAGGUUUGUGUUUGUGUAACACCAUCAAAUUACCACCAAAUGUACUAAUUGAUAGGAUUUGAGACUUUUAUGAUAGUGUAGGGUAGUUGAAAUGACAUCAGUUCCUUUUGUCCUUAGAGCAGUCGCUCUUGCCUAGUUUAAUAUUUUUAUCCUUUUAGCCUCGUAAUGUGUGCCUCAAAGCAGGGUACACACUUGGCAAAACAUUUUCUUCUCGGCUCUCUUGCCACUGUGAAGUUAGACUUGGCACCCUGGCUAUCUUAAGCCUUCCCACUAAACUGAAUUACUUUUAUGCUCGACAUUUUCCUCAGCUACCUAUGUAAACAAGUUCUAAGAUGAUUUGUAUGUCAGCGGGAAACGGCCCAGAAACGACUUCACGCUUGUUUCCCCAAAAGCCCGAGUAAAUAUGAUCUGUCUAUGUAUGUUUAACCAGAGUCAAUAUGCUAGGAUCUAUUGCAGUGCAUGAUUAAAUAAUGGCAUUCAAUCUAGUUCCCUCUGCAGAAGAUUAAAGCUUAUACUAUGAGCACUGAGCCGUAACGCUAAAAGAGAAUCAACUCAACUGUCACAGUCCACAGUGCACUUGUGAGGGGGGAAGCAAUUUGCUCUUCUUUACAUAUGAAUGCUAAUCAGAGCAGAACAACUAAUGGCAACGCAACCUGUGAAAUUCAUCGCCCCCUCUGGAUGCCAGUGCAGUUUUGUUCAGUUUCAGUCCGUUUGAGCUGUGACACAAAUCUUGAUGGACAGCGGCAGCCUAUGCAGUGUCAGUGUGUGACCGUGUUUAGAAAAGGCAAAGGUGAAAAGAAACUGGCUGGAAGUAGAACUUGAAAGUUGCAGCGUGGUGACCAGUGCAAUUUGUUUGUGCCAGAAUCGCCGUGCCAGAAGCAGAAACAUGUCACACAUUUUAUUUAGAACUUGGAGCUGCACUAACAAAAAUUGUUCGACUGCUCAUCACCCUACGCAUCGGAAUUACAAGUUUGAUCUGCAAAAAGAAUUUCUUUUUGUUUUCUUAGAGGAAGAGGAAGUAAAAACAGACCCUCCUGGUUUACUUAACCAACCAGGUAGAUCUUGUUUGUAUACAAAAAUCAACACCCACUCACUAUGUAGCAGAUGGUAAUUGACAGACUAAUGCUUCCUUUCAUUCAGGUCAGAAAUCCCUAAAUUGAACAUUUUAAACUCGAGCUGGAGACGUUCCACAUUGAUGUCAAGCGUAAAUACUCAGCAUGAAACACUCAGCUUCUUACAGCAGGCAGCAUUUUAAUAUUUAUAUCAUGGAUACAUUCGAGAAAAGGAAGAUAUAAAAAGUCUGUUAAGAACAUUAUAUACAAACUAGUGUCCUAUCAAGUACAUGUUUAAGAUGGCUUAUGAAACUUACUAACCCAGGCAACUUGUAAAUAGGACCAAUUUGUGAUGCUAUCUCAUAAUCAUGAGAUUCUCUCAUAAUUUAAACCCAUCUAAAUAAAAGUGGGCUGCACCAAACAAAAAUGUUAAUUGGGUUAAAUAUACCAACCAAAUGAAGAAUUGCAUGUUUGGAUUCACUGGGAGAGAGCUAAUUGAUUAGUUGGUGCUGAUGUUUAUGGCAUGUAUUGAUUCAGGCAGUAAACACGUAAUGAGGAUUACAGAUCACCUGUCAGAAAUCUGCAGUAGUCAGAAGCACAUUCAAGCUCACCAGAGCAUUAGAAGAGUGAGUCUCGCACUUCCAAGGGAACAACUGCUAUCUGGGCAAUUUGUCAGAGUAACUUUUUUUUCCCCUUUUUCUUUUAAUGGCUGAGUUCCCAGAGUUGACUCAUGAACUCGUGGUGUCGCUUGUAGCCAGAAGAAUACACACGUAAACACCGACUCUGUUCCAGGAAACCAAGCACAUUUCCCUAAACGUCAACUAACUUUGUAGCCUGAUUGGAAACUCCAAACUGGCAGGCUGUUUGAUGCCGCAUAGAUAAAACAGUUUAUCCAAUAUCCUCCUUUCUCAGGGGACGGCAGAGGCACUUUAAUUACACCUUUACUAAAAAUGUGCUUAGUGCAGUGGCCAACAGUGAGUAGUUUGGAGUUUGAUGAUUCACAUAUAAGCGGAUGCCUGUGCUUUUGCUGAGCAGUGGCUUAAUUGGUGAGAUUUGCUCUAAAUGUUUCUACCCAAUCACAAAAAGAAAUCUUAGUGUAUAGAGGCUGAUGCAGCCCAUUAUGCUCAUUACAGCUGCAUAGUCUUGACAUAUUCUCUUGUUAUAAGUAAUGCACAGUCAGUAAAAAUGUGGGUUAUGAAGUUGUAGAAAAUACAUUUCUGUAAUAUAGCAAGGACUGCAUUUUCUCCCUUUUUUUUCCCUGUCUUUUUGUAAAAGGCUGAAGUUGCCACUACCCGUACAGCUUUGCACUUAAUUUGUCCUAAUUUUCUAGAACUGUGUAAACAUGCAUCCUUUAAUAAACAUGGGUCAUUUUUCUUA